UCGAUGCUCUCUUGACAGCAUGUGCUCUGCAUCCAUUAUUGAACCGGACGUGUGUGUUUGCCAAAGGGGACGCAUUUUUGCGGACAACAGCAAUGAAACCUGUGUUGACCUUGAUGAAUGUGGACAACACUUUCACGAUCCGUGCGGCCACAGAGGCGUUUGCAUGAACACUGUGGGUAGUUACAGGUGCGCAUGCCUUCAAGGUUGGAAAAGUGAUGAACACUGUUCAACGAAUGUUUCCACUCCUGCACUGUGCAUGCCGGGAUACAGAGGCGAGAAAUGUAGCGUCAGUGACUGUGGUGAAUACGGUUACGGGAAACCUAUUGGAGACAGUGAGGAGUAUAUCUGUGUUUGCAAAGAAGGCUGGACGCAUGUCACAGAAAAAGGCGCAUGUAACGUCGAUGUCAACGAAUGUAACGAGACGCCGUGGAUCUGCGAGAACGGGGCCACCUCAGUUGACUCGUGA